CGAGGCAAUGAUGUGCACGAAGUAUUAUCCCUUAUUACACGUUUCGCUUCCGCGCCGGCCGCACGUACGAUUGUGAGCCGACCCGCUUUCGAGUUGUGCGAAGUUUCAGUUUGUUUACAUCGAAUCCGCUACGAUGCAUACUGCGUUAGCGAUUGUGUCAUCGACCGUACGUUUAUCGCUGGCCUGCGAGUGAUUCACGGACAAUGCUCGCCUUGGAGUUUUUUGCGCCGAAACUUUUUGUGAACUUGUGAACUCUCAGCGAUCAGAAAUUAAGAUAUCGUUCGCGACGAAACUGUGACGAGUCUGGACUUAGAUACAAGUGCCAUUUUUGUGUCAAAGUGAAUUCAAGGAGAGGACGAAGAAAAUAUUUCCUGACAUUUUGAUAGACUAUUUUUCGAAGAGAACUUUUUAAAGUGCUGUUGGAAAAUUUUGAUCAUAAACUUUGCCAAAUUCUUGAAAUUCGUAUUCUUUUAAAAUUAAAAAUAAAACUACAUCGACUAACAGAGAAGACCGCAAAGAUCGAGUGCGUAGAUCGGAGUCAUCAAUUUAUGCAUACAAAACAAACGACAAUCAGUCGCAGCUUGUUUCCUAGAAAAAGAAGUUUUGAGAGACAAAGAUGGCAAUAGCAUUCAACCUGCCGAGCGAGAGAGAGGCGACAGAGGAGAACUUCUCGCGACUGAACCGGCUCCUAGCCGAGCUGUACGAGGUUCUUUGCCACAUCUUGGUCGCACGACAGCCUGGCCAAGAAGUCCAGGAGAAUCGGCGAGAUCGUCCAUACUCCGAAUCUGAUAUCGAACGACCUGCACCUCCUCCGCAACCAUGUAGAAGAUCAGCUUCCUCUCCACCUCUCACCCUGACACUGGAUUCAGAAUUGGAAGACGAUGUAUUCGUUAGUCCAAGAACGAAUAGUGGAAGCGAUCCUUUUUCCACAACUAAUCUGGAGAUAUUUAGAUAUGGUAGUCCUCGGACUCCCGCUGGGUUACUCCUGAGUCCAAGAAGGGAGAGAUCUUUUACGUUCUCCGUGACGAGUGAGAAGCACUGGAGGGACAAGGGAGGGACAGACGUUGCUGAUGGAGUUACUAGUACGGAUGUGACUGAUUCAUCAUCACUAGAAGAACCUUAUCAGACUGAGAAAUCAUCAUCAGAAUCAAUCUUCUCGUCGAUAAUCCCGGACAAGUUAUCUGGAUCUAUAUGCACAGCGGUCAUCUUUAUGCUGGGAUGGAAACUUCUAGCAAAUAAACGAUGAAUCCACAUCGUACAACGAACAACGAAGAUAUAAUAACUAAAUGUGAUAAGAAUAAGUUAAUAUUAUUCUGUUAAUCACUUUAUAAUAACAGUUUUCUAAACAGUUAUUUGUAAUAAUAACUCUUUAGCCGCUUUAAUCGUUAAUAAACGAACGUUUUGUACAUUUAUAUGUAUAGCCGAAAUAUAUUAAUCUAAAUCGCUUGUUGCACUUAACGCUCUCAAUUUAAAUUAAAUUUACAAAAUAU